CAUAACUUCAUUAUUUCCUGUCUUUAUGAAUGUGAAAACCAUUUUAUGACUUCCUUAUUCUGAACAAACUGGAGCAGCACUCAAGUCUCAGCGGACACGUCUUCUGUCAGGCUCAUGAAAUGAAUUCAAUCUAUGAAAAUUUCACACUUUCAACCAUUCCUUCAGAUGAAAAAUGUUCUCAACACAGAGGUAACUCUGCAGAGCAAGACAGUGAGAGAGAAGUUCGUCCUCCUAAAUGGACUAAAACUCUUCUGGUUGUAUUUGCCGUUUCUCUGGUUUUUGCCCUUGGAGGUCUUUGUAUUCUGGGUAUACUGUAUUUCAGUCUGUCAGUGAAACUCUCUGCCCAGGAGACCAAGAGCACACAUUUAGGUGUUUCAAAAGAACUGUCUGCCCUGGAGACCAACAGCAAAAUCAUGGUGAAAGAGCUCACAGACAACUACACCAGAGUUAGAGAGACACUGUUCUUUUACAAAGCAUUCGCAGCUCAGAUGAAAGAUUGGGGAGGAAAGUUGUACUACUUCAGCUCUGAUGAACUGAACUGGUCAAGCAGUCGUGCUUUCUGUGUUUCAAAGGGAGCCGAUCUGGUCACGAUAUCCAACCAAUCAGAACAGCUGUUUCUGUUCUCUGAAGUUAAAGAAUAUUACUGGAUUGGUCUGAAUGAUCUGGACACUGAAGGACGCUGGGUUUGGGUGAAUAACCAAACUCUCAAUGAAACUGGAGUACAGUUUUGGCACCAGAGGGUCUCUGAGAAAAGUGAACCUGAUAAUUGGAGAGGAAACAACGCCAAUGGAGAGAACUGUGCUAUUGUGAAAAAUUAUCACAACAUUUUAAACAAUUGGUUUGAUGCUUCCUGCAGUUCUAUGUAUAAGUUUAUCUGUGAAAAGAAAGUCCGUCAGUGAUAUGUCAUGAAAGAGGUCAAGGCAAUGUAUGUUGCUUUGGAUAAAAGCGUCUAAAUGCAUAAAUGUAAAUCAAGUAGCUUUUCAUACUGAGUGUGCUUAGAUCCCAUUUUUAAGUCAUUUUAUGCUUGUAAGAGCAGGAGCAAAGCAUAUGAUUUCUGUCACGUUUUAGACAAACAGCUUUUAUACCCAAAACAAUUUUGCAAAAAAUUUUCAAAGCUAGAAUUAAUAAGUCAAAUGACAUGACGCUUCUGCGUAACAGCAUUAUAAGGAUGAGAUGUUUUUUAAUAUUCUGUGUGAAACUGUGCUGUGGUCAGCAGAUGGCAUUGCACUCCUGAGACAUUCCUAUGUGCUAGCUUAUAACCUAUAAAUAAAUAA